AUGAAUAACGAACCCACCACGAAGCAAGAGUUCCUAAUGCCCUUGCUGUAUUUCGUCCAGCGCAUUCAACGGUAUUGCCCUCAUUUCCUCUCCCUCUCUGCCUCCAUCUACGAGGUCCCCUCCGACGACGAAGCCAUGGAGAUCGUGACGGACAACUACAGUCCAGAAGCGAGUUUGGAAUGGAACUCCGAAGCAAUCGACCUGGCCGAGUUCAGGAAAUUCGUGCAAGAAUGGCGCUCUCGGUACACCUUUCUUGACUUUGAGUUCCAUGAGGCUGUUGUGACUCCCGACGUCGAUGACGUAGAGGGACGUGGAGGUACGCUUGGGUUCGGAUUGAAGGGACGCGUGCUGGGAAAAGAUGAUGGGAAGAUGUAUGAGGGGAAGGUGCAUGCGAUUUUCAAGGUCGAAUGGAUUAAUGAUCGUCGGGUCAUCACCAGAAAUCAACAGAUCCUGCAGGGUCCUUAUGUUGUUAAGGAUGACAGAUGAGAUCGUCAUGAUUGGGAGAGAGAUCUGUUGGUGGUGCGAGGAUGGAUUGUGGUAGUUGGUUGGCAUAUCUUGAUCCAUAAGGCAGAUUGCAAUUGGAGAUGGGCUGGCAAUUGUUGGAACCAGGGAGUAGGGGCUUCAUCUUCGAGAUGUUUCUCCACCGUGUUUGUAGCCAGUUUCUUUGGGAUAGCUUAUUGAAUUUUGAUUUGAGGUCUGGAA